GGGCCGGCGGGCCGGGCGGGCGGAGGCGCGGGCGCUCGGCGGGGCAGCGGGUCGCGGGUCCAGUGGCGGAGUUGCUGCUGCCGCCGCCGCCCGGAGCAACAUGGCCGACACCAAGUCCAAGGCUGCCAACAGGACACCCCCCAAGUCCCCAGGGGAGCCUGCCAAGGACAAGGCAGCCAAACGACUAUCGCUGGAGUCAGAGGGCGCUGGUGAAGGGGCGGCCUCGGCGGAGCUGAGCGCCUUGGAGGAGGCCUUUCGGCGGUUCGCGGUGCAUGGGGACACCAGGGCCACUGGCAGGGAGAUGCAUGGGAAGAACUGGUCCAAACUGUGCCGGGACUGUCAGGUCAUUGAUGGCAAGAACGUCACAGUCACCGACGUGGACAUCGUCUUCAGCAAGAUCAAGAGCAAAGGCAGCCGGACCAUCACCUUUGAGCAGUUCAAGGAAGCGCUAGAGGAGCUUUCCAAGAAGAGAUUCAAGGACAAGAGUGGCGAGGAGGCCGUUCGUGAGGUGCACAGGCUGGUGGAGGGCAAGUCCCCCAUCAUCUCAGGAGUGACGAAAGCCGUGUCCUCGCCUACCGUGUCUCGGCUCACAGAUACCUCCCGGUUCACGGGUUCCCACAAGGAGCGCUUCGACCCAUCGGGCCGGGGGAAGGGCAAGGCUGGCCGUGUGGACCUGGUGGAUGAGUCGGGCUACGUGCCGGGCUACAAGCACGCGGGCACCUACGACCAGAAGGUGCAGGGGGGCAAGUAGCCCCGGCCUGGGCUCCCUCAGGCCGGGUUCUGCCCUCACACUUCUACAUUCCUGUCUCGCCUGGGCUGACUCGGACCUCAGGGACCUCGGGGACCUCAGGGGGCGCUACAGAGGGUCCCAGCACACUUCUCUCCUACCCCAGGUGUG